GGUCGCAAACGUCAGCACGUGUGAAACAAGUAAUGUCGUUAUGUGAAGCAAAGUUUCUACAUUUGGAGCACAUAGAAGCAAAUCUGUUUGACAUUAGAUAAGUGAUAAAACCGCUAAAGGGAGCUUUUGAACACAAGCUCAAAGAAGAGCUUAGGUGAUGUGGCGUUACAGGCAACCCGGAGUGGCUUUCCAGCUGCUAGGAGAGCUGCAGAGGCAACAGCAUUGCAACAUUCUGUGUGAUACGGUACUGCAGACAGAGGGCAUGUCUGUGCCGGUCCAUAGCUGCAUCUUGGCUGCCUUUAGUCCAUUCCUCUAUAGAGAACUCUCGACCCCUCCAUCCUACCCCGUGGGCCAGAGAAGGCUGAUCAGGGUGCCAGCCAUCGGUGCCGAGGCCCUGUUGAAGCUGAUCAGCUACCUGUACUCCGGAGAGAUGAAAGGGCUGGGCCCGAGGGAGCACGAGGAGGUCAAAGCUGCGUUCAUCAGGCUGGGCAUGAGCCACCUGAUCCACACGUUUGAAGAGGACAGCAGGCAAUGGAGAGGCGUUGACCGAGGGCUGCAGCUGGAGCUGGAGGGUAGCGUGCAGGUGGGCGCCGAGCAGCGGAGCGCCGGCAUGCAAACGGCGGAAGGGAAGGGCGUGGAUAAAGCAACCCAGACUGAGGCAGAGUCCACGGUGCAUGCUGCCACGCAGACUUCGAGGCGAGACGCGCACGCGUUCUCGGAUCAGUGGCCUUCCCCGUCGUCUGAUGGACAUGGGAGCGCAGCCUCAUCGGCGACCCAGUUCGCUGAGGUUUCCCCCACCGCCAGAGCAUCUACUUUUGUUAUUUUGACGCCUGUCAGUGAUCCCUCACUGAGCAACGACAACGCAGGGUCUUGCCACGUUUCACUGAUGCCCUCCCCCUCUGUCCAGUGUGAUCAUCCACCACCAUACUCUCUGAUCUCCAAUCCAUCAAACGCCUUCAACCCCUUUGAACGUUUGUCCGGCAAGUUCUCCUCGACCACAGCCCGACCCGAUGACAGCGUGGAGUCCAUCUCGCAAGGAGGGAAGGAGAGGGCCAGCACCCAUGUGGAGGCAGGCACAGUGGGUGAGCCCGGGCCUGAGGAACACGUAAGCAAGGACGACACAGAUGAAGCGUCCUCGUCAAAGGUGCGCAGGAGCGAGAGGCUGAUGACCAUGAAAGAGAGACCCGGCCAGGACGCAGCAUGCACAUCCGAGGAGCCAGAGAAGGUGCUCAAGAUCAAAUUUAAAAGGAAGUGCAAGAAUGCCCUCUGGGAGAUAGAGAGAAUGACGGCGGACCCAGCCAUGAAAGUCACGCUGUCUAUGAGUUCUGCUACCACUCUAGCUCAAAAGGACCUCACUGCCUGUGAAGAGUGGCAGAAUGGGUCAUCGGUUCUCACGCCACCACACGAUCCAAGGCUUUCCUCCCCUUCCAAGUUUGUCGUAACCUCUGUCCACACUCUCACUCCGACCGCCAGUCGCAGGACGAGCCCCUCGGUCCAAAACAAGGCUGCCCCGUCCCCGACCCACUCCCAGCCAGAGGAAUGCGAUGAACAAAUGGAUAAGCUUUUGGAUGACAUCAUGAUGGAUCUCAACUUCCUCCUGCCCAUCAACACAGAGAGAGGCGACAGUAGGUCCCAGCAGAGACCACUGCCAUAUCUCUCUGGUGAUACAUCAGGGUUAGAUCCAACCCCUUGGCUGAGAGAAGUAUCCAUGGAAGUAUCCAUGGUGAAUGGACAUCUGGAUAGAUCAUCUGGACAAAUGGACAAAGCAGUAGGUUCUGACCUAUCAUUGGUGUCCCACUUUGGCACUUCAUUAGCUGAAAGUGUGGAGUCUGAACAGUCAUCAUCCAAUCAUCCAGGAUCCAAGUCCACACCAUGCCAUGUAGAACCUAGGAACGGCAGCUCAUGUAGAUUCACACAAGUCAAAUCGGCAAAAACCCGUGCAAGCACCGGGUCCCCUGAGUCAGGUGGAAAUGCUGGCUUGUCCAAUGCAGAACUUAGUCUUUCCCAGCACGGUUGGCCCUCCCGGAGAAAGCUACCCUCCCCAAACCCCAGCAAAGAGUCAAAGAGAAGCGGCACAGCCACCUACCGCUGCACGCCAGAUUUGGAUGAGAUGAGACUCCGCAGCUGUCUCUCCCCUCUCAGGUCUGAAGACGAGAGCACUGUUGGGUCCCAACGACUCCAGAAUCAACCCACAGGCCAGUCAGCCACAUCAGGUCAAAGGUCACUAAGCCAGCAGCCUGUUAAUAUUCCUCCGUGGCUCUCUCUGAAACCAGUAGAUCUGCGAUUCCCACUGAACUCUAUUUUUGUCAAGUCACCUUCUCAGACAGAUGAAGCUCAGUGUCCUGCAGUCAAGAGGACUAGGAGGCAAAAAACACUCCUUACUCAAAACAUUACAAUUCCAGGCUCUGAAACUUACAGUGGAUCUAGCAUUUCUCGACAGAAAGCAUCCAGAAUAGAAGAGGAUCCAUGUGUGAGGUCUAUAGUUACAAGAAAACAGAGUUUGGAGAGACAAAGGUCCGUCACAGAGCCAGAGAAUCAAUCCUUGAGGAAAGGUCCAAGGAGAUUGGUGGCAAAGCGAAAACUUCCAGUUGAGGAAAAUGACCACAAGACAUCUGCUGGGGCGUCCCCUGGACUUGGCUUACAGAACACUGAUUCCAAUGCCAGGCACAGCAGCACCUUGGUAGAAAGGAGGAAGGGGAGAAGAUCACCCCCAGCAUUUGCUAAUCGAAAGGAAGACCUGCCAGAGGUUGCCAGACCAAAGCAAGGUGGAGGCCACGCUAAAUCGGUGGCUGAUUCAAAGUCCCUGUCCAGUCCUGAAAUCCCUAAGCGUAAACGAGGUAGGCCACCCAAACCCAAGGUUCCGCCUGGAGUCCUGAGCCCAACCUCAACGACACUGACAGCCAUGAUGAAGGCACGCCCACACACACCAGCCCCAGAGGCACCUGGCAGCAGACAGCGGACCUCAUCAAAAAACAGGCAAGGCCAAGAAGACAACAUAGACAGCUCUGCCAAAAGGAAGGCUGUGAUGGAGAACCAAUGUGCAGAAGCUAGCAAUGUCCAAAGGAACUCGUUAGCAAGCAGCUCCGAGCUGAAACCAACCCCAGUGGCCGACGUGAAAUGCAGCGCCAGUACUCCCACGUCCUCACAAACGCUGAAAAAAUUCAGGGAGCUGUUAAAAAGUAAAGGAUUAUUGAUUAAAAAAAGGAAAACAACGGCAGAAGUCGAGGAGGAUGUCCAGAAUCGUCAGUGUCGGGAAGAAAAGGAAAUGAGCACAACCCAUGAAAGCAUCAAGUCUGCGGAGACUGAUGAAACCGCAGAACAAACAACAAAAGAAGCUCCAAUGAAGUGUCACCUCAACAGACACUUGACAUACCCCGCAAUCAAAGGUGACACUGACAGCCAGCAAGCCCCACCUCAGCGCAUUUCUGCAAAGCCUGGGGCAAAGGCGUCACGAGCUCGCAAGUGGACAGAGGGCUCAACUGGAAGUGGGGAUGAAGACGAAGAGGACCAGGAGGAGGAUGUGGACGUUAUGAGUGGUUCUCCAGUGACUCUGCCUGUGUUUGAGUCUGGACUGGUCGGCAGAGAACCAUCUGACGUUGAAGAUAUUGAUGAAGAUGUUGACAUUAUUACUGUGGAUAUUGACUAAACUGCCCUCAGUCACUGCUAAACAUCUGCCGUCCUCCAACCUGGAUUUAACAAUA